CACACAUACACACACGCAUACAUACAUACAUAGAUACAGAACAUACUUUAAGUUUAAAUAAUAAUUUAAAUAAUGAGUGACAGUGAUGAUCAACCGCAAUUGAAUUCGAGCACAAUUGCUGCGCUGGAACAAUUUCUCAGAGAUAAGCAAGAACGAGAAAAUCUGCUUAAACAUAUGUGUGAAAAGGAUCAGACAUUGGAUGUUCUUCUUGAUGAAGAUUGGCAAUUGAGUCAAUUUUGGUAUAAUAAUGAAACAAUAGAGACUUUUGUUAGAGGUGCCUUAAAUUCUACAACAGAGGAUGGACAAAUUGCUCUGAUUUCCUGUCCAACACUUUAUAAGAAACUGAAACAAGAGUGUGGUAAAAGGCGAAGUUUUGUUUACAUAGUAGUACUGUUUGAGUACGACAGUCGUUUCAAGAUGUAUGGGAUGGAUUUUAUACAGUAUGAUUACAAAUUUCCUUUGGAUUUACCCAGAGAUAUGUCUAGUCAGUUUGACUUGGUCAUAGCAGAUCCACCAUUUCUUUCGGAUGAAUGUUUGACCAAAACAGCAGUAACAAUUAAAUUUUUAACAAAGAAACAUAUUGUACUCUGUACAGGUGCUAUUAUGACAGAGUUGGCUGAAAAGUUAUUGAAUGUUAAAAAAUGUGAUUUUAUUCCUGGCCAUAAGAAUAAUUUAGCGAAUGAAUUUUACUGCUACUCAAAUUUUGAGUUUGAUAAAUUUAUGAAGUGUGAGAAUAAUAUUUGAGAAUAUACACAUUUAUAUCUGUGAUAAAUAUAAUGUAUUAAUGCUAUUUUAGAAUGUGAAAAUGCAAAUUGAAUUUAACUAAUAAAUUAACACUAUUUUAUUUUGAUUCUUUAA